AGCCGCCCCCGCUCGAGCUUCGGUCUUAGUUCCGCAGUAGCUCCGAACGAGCAUGAGCGCUCCCCUCAGAGGCGCCGCGCCUUCCCCGCUCGCGCUCAGCACCGGCAUCCUGGGGUGUGCGGCGGUCUAUUGUGGGGGGCCCGCGGAUUGGUACCGCCGGAACAGGUCCACCCUGAACCCCGCCAGGGACCCCAAGGAGCGGGCGGUCGUUGCGGCCGACCUGCGGUGCGCGGAGAACGCCCGGAGCGUCGACCUGGCGCCCCCGCCCCCAGCGGCGGAGAUUGUGCGGCGGUGCCAGGAGGGCGAGCGCAGCGUCCGCGACACCCUGGAGGACUUCCUGGGCCGCGCCAGGGCCUGCACGGCGCUGACGAACUGCGUCGCCGCGGGCCCGCAGGCCGAGGUCGAGCGGCGCGCGCGCGAGCUCGCCGCGCGCCUCGACGCGCUCGGCCCCGCGGAGCGCGCGGCGCUGCCGCUGUUCGGGCUCCCCUUCGCGGAGAGAGGAGUGCUACCUCCUGAGGGGCACCGACUCGACCGCCGGGCUGGCCGGGCGCGUGGGGGUGCCCUCCGAGGAGGAUGCCGCGCUCGUGGCGCAGCUGAUCUCCCUGGGGGCCGUGCCCUUCUGCAAGACGAACGUUCCGCAGAUCAUGUACGCGUGGGAGUGCGCGAAUCAGAUCUACGGGGUGACCAGCCACCCUCUGCACAGGUGCUUCAUCCCGGGCGGCUCCUCCGGGGGCGAGGCCGCGCUGAUCGCCGCGGGGGGCUCCGUCGUGGGCAUCGGCACGGACAUGGGCGGCUCGUGCAGGCUGCCUGCGCAUAUGUCCGGCUGCGUGGGCAUGAAGUGCACGAAGGGGCGGGUGUCUGUGAAGGGCAAGGGCCCUCCGCUUCUUUAUGGCGACGGUCAGCAGAUCAUCGCAUCGUGCUCGGGGCCGCUGGCGCGCACCGCGGAAGACCUGGGCUUUGUGCUGGAGAAGCUGUGUGACCCCGCCUCUCUGGAGGACGUGCGCCGCAACUGGGACAGUUCUGUUUUACCAUGUCCGUGGAAUCGUAUUGUGGCCAAGGGUUUAGAUCGAAGAGCAAAAAGCGGCAUCAACAUGCUCUCUCGGAGGUCCGCGCAGAUGUCUUGUGUCGGCGUCGGGCCUUCUGGUGGGACCUCUGGCGCCGCCCCUGGCGCGCUCCGCGUGCCAGGGAGGGGAGCCAGAGCCGAUCCAAGAAAUCCGCGCGGACCUCAGAGAACUUAUGCUUGUGCCGUUGUUUUGUCCAUCUGCUGGAGGGUCAGCAGUUGAAAAUCGGCUUCUAUUGCUACGACGGCUUCAUGGAGGCGAGUCCAGCAUGUGUCAGGGCCGUGCACAAGGCGGUUGCGGCAUUGAAGCGUGCCGGGGUCUGCUGUGUCGAGUUUUGCCCACCAGACGUGGAGGAGGCCUUCCUCAUCUAUGCGGGCCUGCUGGCGACGGGUCUCCCCCACGUGCAGGACCUGUUGGCGCGACCUGGUGAGCACGUGGCCGAUGCGAUCAGGAAAGGCAUUGUGGCCUUUUCUCUUCCGAUGUGGCUGAAAGUUCUUGUGACCAAGCUGGCAGGGGCGCCUGUCAUGGAGAAGGUCGUGCGGAUGGCGCGGGCCUGGAGUGGGGCGGAGUAUUAUGAGCUAGUAGCGGCGAAGAUGCGAUACAUGGACAAGUUCGCCAAAGCCUUUACGUCCGAUCUGGAUCUGCUGCUCUCUCCCGUGCACGUGCUUCCGACCAGCGCGCACAUGACAACGAAGGAUUUCCCACCGACGGUCUGCUACACCGCACUUCAAAACCUGUUGGACUACCCAGCAGGGGUCGUUCCCGUCACGACGCUUCAGCCCAGCGAUUCGGCGUGGGACAGCCCGAUUCGUGAUAAGUUGCUGGAUCCGCCUAUCCGGCGUGCAUACGCGCAGGCCAUUGAAGCCAACGCGCCGUUUCCCAUAGGAGUUCAGCUGGUGGGCCGCCCUUACACGGAGGAGUUGGUGGUCAGGGGCAUGCGUGAGCUCGAGACGGCUCUAAGGGCUCCGCAGAGUUUGCUGUGAUCGACCCGUGUGCCCCCAUGAACUGUUGAUUCCAGUCGACGCCCAGGACAAGUCCUUCCCGCCUUUGUUCCGCCAUCUUAGCAGAUUUUUCACCCCCUGGGUGGUGGUGGUGGUGGCGAGUUUCGUUCACACUCUCCCUUUCUGUCUGUCUGUCUGUCUGUCUGUCUGUCUGUCUGUCUGUCUGUCUGUCUGUCUGUCUGUCUCUCCGCAGCACAGCCGCAGCACAACCUGCUUGCUGGCGCGGGUUUGCUUGCCUCCUUGCUAAAGCCCCCCUUCAAACAGACUGCUU